AUGCUUCCUGGGCUUGAUAAAAAGUUACACCAUAUCCGGCGUUUAAGCGCACAAACCCCUGCAGCCAACUGCCCGACAAACAGAAAAUCACGUAUAAGUUACCUAAAAUUAUCUACCCCUGUUUCUCGAACAUCUCCAUCAUCUCCAACUUUUGAAAAUACAGCAAAACCCUUUAAGGAUUAUAUAAUUAAUAUGGAGGUGAUUACUUAAUAUUUCCUUGAAAACAACGCAACACAGUGGUCGCAAAGUCAAUUUAUAGUGUAAACUAAGGUUCAGGCCUUAAAUUCUAACCCUUUACCAGCCGGAUGACCUUAGUGGUGACUCCUUGAUCAAGUAUUAAUUAUCCGGAUCAGCUUUCGCUUCCAGUUUCGGAGGCCUGGCUCCUUUUUCCUAGAUGUCAUCAUUUCGUCAUGGUGGCUGAAGGAAGUAUCAGUCUAGCCUUAACUUCCAUAGAACCCGAUGGCCAAAUGACGGAUUAUUCUUUCGGAUCUGUCAAGAUUUUGGGGUCGCAGUACAAGCCCUGUCCCUAAAAUAAACCACUGUUCUAAUAGCGGUUGAAUUUCAGCCCGGCAAGUAGGUGGCUCUAGUCAAAAACGUGGAGACAAAGGAAGAUUUUAAGUUUAUUUAAUUUAAGGAUUAUGAUAUAAAAUUCCAAGAAUGCCCUACUCCACAAGAUAUGCUUAAAAGCAUUAAGUCCUCUUUUGCAGAAAACAAGCGUUUUUUAAACCCCUCUAUUGAGAGAAAUUUAGAAAAAAUGAAUUUCAGUCAUCAGCCGCAGGCUGAUGCAAAUCCACCGUAUAAGUAUGAAAAGGAGUAUAGACCUCCCCCACAAAUUGAAGUAAGGCAUUCAGACUACGUCGAAAAAUUUUACCAUUCCCCAGAGUCGGCAACUUUACAAAAUAAAAUAUCAUUUCCAGGAGAUUGGGAUUUUGACGUAAAAAAAAUUUUAAAACAAAGCGAAAGCAUCGCUUUCGCCAAAGCCCUGGGAAAUAAAAUCGCAGCAAAAAAUAACCCGGAAGAAGCAAAUGCUCCAGAUGAAUUUUUGAACCUUUUGUUAAGGGAAACUGAGACACAACAAACUAUAGAAAAAGAUGAGCAUCCCGAAAUUACAAAAUUUUUCUGAUACAAAAAUAUCUACGCAGGUCCGCCUUCAAGAGAAGGCGGAAGUUUAGUAAAAAUCAAAGGAAAAUAUUAUUUAUUUGGAGGCCAAAACAGAAUAAAGCAUAGUGAUAUUAGAGUUUUUGACCCUCUUAAAUGGACAUGGUCUAUCUUAGAAACAGAAUACAGUCCUAAAGGAAGAAUAGGGCAUUCGGCUGUUGGCUAUAAAGGGAAAAUGAUUGUGUUUGGAGGCUGAUCUCAGUAUUCUGCCCGCUUAGGUAUCCGAAGAUGUGUAAAAAAACUGUUUGUUUAUAGUAUAAAAUCAAAUAAAUGGCAGCAUUAUAUAGGUGCUGGUCUGCUGCCAUCAGCAAGAAGACAUCAAGCGUCCAGUAGAAUUGGAAAAACAAUGAUCAUGUUUGGUGGAAUUAGUCAAGAAUCAAAAGUUUUAAGCAGCUUAUAUACACUUGAUAUUAAAGAUCAAAGGUGAACUAAACAUAAUAUUAGCGGCGCUAAGCCUUGUGGCCGCUCCCAUUCUACUUUAACAUCUGUUUAUCCUUCAGCGAUUAUGGAAAUGUUCAAUUUUGACCUUUUUUCGAUCCCAAUCCAAGUUGGCUCUUCGAAUGGAUUUUAUUUGUUUGGCGGAAAUUCUAUGAUAUACAAAUAAUUUUUCAUCCAAUAUUAUAAAAAUAAUUAAUUCUUGAAAAGUAUCUAGGGCAUGGCAAAUAAACAAUAACAAAAAGACCUAAUAAAUUAUAUGAGAGGAGAGGCAAAAAACGAUUUAUGGAUUUUAAGGCCAGUUGAUGGCUAUUUAGUAUGAAAAGAGUUGAAACCUAAAGGAAAUACGCCAUCAGCUAGAUUUGAUCAUACAACUGUAUAUGUGAACCAUAGACUUAUAAUUUAUGGAGGGAGAAAUGAUGCACUGUUAAAUUUUGAAAAAAACUCUCCUUGUAAGGAUAUUGGGAUUCUAAAAAUAGAAACCUUGGAAUGGGAAAAUGUAUUUAUUUCUGGAGAUCAGCCUAAUUUUCGAUGGGGACAUAAUGCUGGAGUUAUUGGUAGCAAAAUGAUUAUUCUGGGAGGACUUGAUUAUUAUCAGUUUAUGAACUCAGACAUGCUUUUACUUGAAACUGAUCAAAUAAUAGCUAAAGAACGAAUCAAAGCUUAUGAAGAACAGCCAAGACCAAAGGAAGAAACGAAAAUUAAUUUCAAAAAGUAUAUAACAGAGCUAACAUCAAAAUUCGGAUUAGCUGAAAUGUAA